AUGGUGGCCCGCGCCGGGUGGGCUGGCUCCGCCUCCUGCUUAUGGACCGCCUCCUCCUGGGCCGUUCCCCAUCGUUAUCCACUCCUCGCCGACAGCUCCCGCCGCCGCCACCAGCCCAAUCCUGCGCUCCUUCCCCCUGCUCCUCACCUGGCGCCCUGCAGUGCCGCCGCCCGCCUCGCCCUCUCCGCCGCCGCCAAACUCGCCCGCAUCCUACCUCCCUCCCCCUCCGCCAUCCCCGCCCAGUGCUACACCUCCCCGCCACCGCCCCCACGCCAGCGCCGUGGACGCACUCUGCUGGCCGACCCACCCAAGCGCGCCAGCGCCCGUCUGGCGGCUAAGGAGCCAGCCCUGUUCGUGGACGCUACCAGCCGCGAAGUGCAGCGCAAGGCCCUUAGGGACGGGCUGAUGGGAUGCUCGAAGGAGCUGCAGCGUCAGGUCACCUCCAGGAAGAGCCUCAAGAAGAAGAAGCCGCUGGGACCUCUGGAUCUGGGCCGCCGACGUGCUGUUGCUGUGGCCGCCGCCACAGAGGUUUCUCCAUGA